UGAGCGCUAGAACCAAGCCAAAACCACAACACAACGCGCAACUCGCUUAUAUAGCACAGACUAUAUAGUAUCUAUAACUGUAUCUGUAUCUGUAGCUCUGGCUGGCUGUCAGUGUACAAAACGCGUGCUCGUCCCGUCCGUGAAUCUUUUGCUUACUUAAAACGUGUGUGACGAAACGUAGUCAAUAUUUCGUCGCUUAUAAUUUAUGCCAAAGUCAAUUUGAAUUCGAUCACUCGUGUUUUUUUCUCAACUCGACUCCACUGUGCACAUGUGCGCCCAGCUACAUGACGGAACACGUUGUGUGAAAUCUGAAUAAACGAAAAAACUUGGGACCAAAAAAAUUCCACUGGCCAGGCUUCAACUCCACUGCCAGUAAGAGAGAAAUAGAAGAAAUAGAGAAACAUCCCGAAUUUCCCCGCCGUACAAAUGACAACCACUUUGAAUAUGGUGAAAACUGGAAACUAUGCCAACCAGAGAAUCUUUGGAAGGCGGCAUGUGCAAUGCAUUCUGUGCUUCUUCUGCCUAUCGCUGGCCUAUGCCUGGCGCGUCAAUCUCAGCGUGGCAAUUGUGGCAAUGGCAAAGUCCAACGAUUCGGAAACCGAUAGCGAUAGCAUAUUCUCUGUUAAAAAAUAUGAAGUAAAUUCGGUUCAGCAAGGAUACUUGUUUGCCAGCUUUUUCUGGGGCUACGUGAUAACCCAAGUGCCUGGCGGAUACAUUGCCCAGCGCUAUGGUGCCAAGAUGCUGCUGUCUGUGGGAAUAACGAUUUGCGCUGUACUGACGAUAUUGACGCCUAUGUCGGUAAAGUUCGGCGGUUGGAUAGGAAUGUGUGUGAUCCGUGGUCUGCAGGGACUUGCCCAGGGUGCAGUUCAUCCGGCAACCCAUGUGCUGCUGUCCAAGUGGUCGCCGGUGAGCGAACGCGGUAUGCUGGCCACCAUUUGCUAUUCGGGCGCACAGUUCGGCACAAUUGCAAUGCUGGCGACGAGCGGUUUCAUUGCGGACACGGCAAUGGGCUGGCCGGGCAUCUUCUAUGUGGGUGGCGCCUGCGGCUUUGUCUGGGUGAUCUUCUGGCGCAUCUUCGCGUCUAGCACGCCUGAAAAGGAUCGUCGCAUCUCUCCCGGGGAGCUGAAAUUCAUACAGGAGUCACGCUCAGUGGGCAAAAUGCAAGAAGCCGAUCAUCUGGCCCCUACGCCCUGGAAGCAUAUAUUCACCUCGAUGCCAUUCCUUUCGUUGCUGGUGGUGCACUGCACCCAUAUGUGGGGAUUCUGGACGUUACUUAUGCAGAUUCCUAACUACAUUAAGAGCAUCUAUAACAUUGACAUCAAGUCCAGCGCGCUGCUCUCCUCCCUGCCCUAUACUGUGAUGCUGUUGCUCAGCUUCUUCUUCGUGUUUCUGUCCAAGGUGCUGGCUAAUCAGAAGUCUCUGUCCACUGCCUUUAAUCGCAAGCUCUUCAACACUAUUGGCCACUGGCUACCUAUGUGCGGACUCAUUGUGCUUGGAUAUGUACCCGAUGCCACCUGGGGCAUAGUUGUGCUCACGUUCACGGUCGGCAUCAGUGCGGCAACCUAUCUCGGAUUUCAGGUCAAUCAUAUAGAUCUGUCGCCUAACUAUGCGGGUACCUUAAUGGGCAUCACUAAUGGCGCUGCGAAUGUAAUGAGUGGGUUGGCACAAAUAGUUGUGGGAUCCAUUGUUCUAAAUUCUAAUGACAUUAUGCAGUGGCGUUAUGUCUUCUUCCUCGCCGCGGGCUUUUACUUCAUUGGCAAUUUGCUUUUCCUCAUCUUUGGGCGAACUGAAAUCCAAUGGUGGGAUUCACCUUUGGAGGAUGCGGAAACGGCCGAGCAAGGUGUGCCCUUGUCGCCCGCUCAAAUGAGCAAAGUUUGAAAGACUUAAACCUCAUGACACUUGGCCUGAGUUGUGGUCCUGCACAGUUGUUGUUUCUUUACAUUGAAAUCUAUAUUUAAGACUGUAGCUUUAAAUUAGUUGUUAAUACUGAAGUCAAGCUGAAAUUGCCAUAAUGACGAUCGCGUGCUUCCAUUAGCGAUAUUAAACAGAAACAAAAACAAAAACAAUAACAAUAACAAGAAAAAGAAAACAAGCCUAGAUAAGCAGCCUAAAUUAUUGUUUACAGUAUUUUCCAUAAUGUACAUAAAAUAUACAUAUAGUCUAAGUAACUGAUUAAUAUUGCUAUCAGUUUGUUAUGUUUUUGCAAGUAACGCCAUUAGUGAAUUAGUUAAAUCUAGUAAUAAAACAUAAAACCCACUUGUGAUGUAGAAAAGAAUGAACGUAAACGUAAAAAGGCAGAAAAGAAGACAUAUGACAUGCAUACGCAUGUAGCCGGCAAUAAAACUGGCCACAGAUUUGUGCAAAAAUCAAAAAUCA